UACAUAAUAGGUGUCUGAAAAUUUGAUCUAAUCGUUUAACUUUCCCACAGCCGGUGAGAAUUUUCUCCAUCACCACAUGGCCUGCCCGGUUGCAAAUUUGCAAUACCUGCACACAGGCUAGUACAUAAUAUAAGGUCAAUAGUCAAUUAGACAGGUCAAAAAAUAGAAAGAGAAGAGAGAGAAGAAAGCAAAAGACAAGUUAAAGAAAGAAAGAGAGUGGAGAAGAAUAUGAGUAUGACGGUGGUGUGGGAGAGGGUAAUAGAGAUAACAAAGUGGGCGCAGGAGAAGAAGACGGAGGCUGUUGUAUGGUCGAUUGAGGUGAGCUCAUGGCUGAAAACGGCGGGUGUGUCGUUACCGUCGGUGGAACUGGCACACCGUCUUGUGUCUCACAUCUGUUGGGAGAAUCACGUGGCGGGGACGUGGAAAUACCUUGAGAAAGCGAUGGAAGUGAGAAUGGUUCCUCCUUUGCUCGUCCUGGCCCUCCUCUCCACCAAAGUAGUUCCCAACAGACACCCUCUUCUCCACCCAUCCGCUUACUCUCUCUACCUUCACCUCCUCAACAAACACGUUUUCUCUCUUUCUUCUCACAUCAAUUCUCCCAAUUAUCCCUCUCUUAUGAAUUCCAUUCACAACGUUCUUCGCCUUUCUCAACUCUAUGAUUAUUAUUAUGAUGAUGAUGAUGAUCACCCUCACCCUGGCGUUGUUCUCGUUCACUUUCUUUUCACUCUAGUGUGGCAGUUACUCGAAGCAUCCUUACAAGACGAAGGCUUACUCCAACACAACUCCUUAUUAUUCGUCGAUCCUGAUCUCGAUCUCACCAUGGAAUUGGAAUUGGAAUUGGAUAAUCACCACCAUAAUGUCCAUGUCAAUAAUAAUAAUAGUAAUAAACACACUUUGCACGCCAAAAAUACCGCAACCGCCAUUCAAUUCAUUGCGCGCUUUCUUCAUAACAAAGUUACUUCAAGGAUUCUCUCCUUGGUUCAACGAAACAUGCCAACGCAUUGGGGAGCUUUUGUUAACGAACUAGAGCGGCUUGCGGCCAAGUCGUUGAUUUUGAGGAGCUUGAAAAAUGUAUCUCCAAAAUCGUUUUUCCCUUUGAAUUUCAAAUCGAAAAAGAUGAAGCUGAGUUCAGUGUUGGCUGCAAGUGCGAGUGCUGUUCAAUCUCACAAUGAUAGUUCACUUUGGCUUCCCAUUGAUCUAAUACUGGAGGAUGCAAUGGAUGGUGAUCAUGUCAUGGCUGCCAGUGCUGUUGAACUUCUUACUGGGUUGGUGAAGGCUUUACAAGCAGUUAAUGCUACUGCGUGGCACAAUGCAUUUUUAGGUUUAUGGAUUGCUGCACUGCGACUGGUUCAGCGGGAGAGGGAUCCAUGUGAAGGUCCUGUACCUCGCCUCGAUACCUGCUUGUGUAUGCUGUUGUGCAUUACAACCCUUGUAGUUGCUAAUGUUAUUGAAGAAGAGGAAGGUGAACUAAUUGAAGAAGCUGAGCGUAGCCCUACGAAUCAAAGGAAGGACAAGCCAGCCUUAGGAAAGUGUCGUGGGGAAUUGGUUACAAGCUUACAACUAUUAGGUGAUUAUGAGGAUUUACUCAAUCCACCUCAACCUGUUAUUUGGGUAGCUAAUCAGGCUGCUGCCAAGGCUAUCAUGUUUGUAUCAGGACAUAGCGGAUACUUGGAAUAUAUGAAUCUGAAUGACUUGCCGACAAACUGCUCUGGUAACUUAUGGCAUUUGAUUAUUGAGGCUUGUAUUGCAAGACAUCUGAUUGAUACCUCAGCUUAUUUUUGGCCUGGUUAUGUGAGUUCACCUUGCAAUCAACCACUUCAUAGUAUUCCUAAUCAUUUGCCUAGCUGGUCAUCAUUGAUGAAGGGUUCACCGCUAACUCCUCCAAUGGUUAAUGCCUUAGUUGCAACUCCUGCUUCCAGCUUAGCAGAGAUUGAGAAAAUUUUUGAAUUUGCAAUCAAUGGCUCAGAUGAAGAAAAGAUAUCUGCUGCUACCAUUCUUUGUGGGGCAUCUCUAGUACGUGGGUGGAAUGUCCAGGAACAUGUCGUCUUUUUCAUCAUAAAACUGCUUUCACCUCCAGUUCCUCCUAAAUACUCUGGGACUGAAAACCAUCUGAUUAGCUAUGCUCCAUUUCUGAAUGUCCUUCUGGUUGGAAUUUCACCUGUAGACAGUGUUCAGAUUUUCUCCCUACAUGGUGCGGUUCCACUACUUGCAGCUGCACUAAUGCCAAUAUGUGAGGCUUUUGGAUCAUGUGUUCCUAGUGUGUCAUGGACUUCUGCAACUGGUGACAAGCUCUCUUGCCAUGCAGUGUUCUCUAAUGCAUUUGUUCUCCUGCUGAGAUUAUGGCGGUUUAAUCAUCCACCUGUUGAACAUGUGAUGGGGGGUGCAGCAACUCCAGCAUUAGGAUCACAGUUAGGUCCUGAGUACCUUUUAUUGGUUCGGAAUUGUAUGUUGGCAUCCUUUGGGAAAUCACCAAGAGACCGAAUAAGAAGCAGAAGAUUUUCAAAAAUGAUAAGCUUUUCUUCAGAGCCUUUAUUUAUGGACUCCUUUCCAAAAUUGAACACUUGGUAUCAGCAACAUCAAGAAUGUCUUGCAUCAACUCGAUGUGCUCUUGUUCCUGGAGGGCCUAUUCUUCAGAUUGUUGAUGCACUACUAAGCAUGACUUGCAGGAAAAUAAAUAGAAGUGCUCAGUCAUUGACAUCUACAACUUCAGGAAGCAGUAAUUCAUCUGGUUCUUCAUUGGAUGACGCUUUGAUGAAACUCAAAGUACCGGCAUGGGAUAUCCUUGAAGCAGCUCCAUUUGUUCUUGAUGCUGCUCUUACCGCUUGUGCUCACGGAAGACUCAGUCCCCGUGAACUGGCUACAGGUCUCAAAGAUAUUGCUGAUUUUCUUCCGGCAACUUUGGCGACCAUUGUAAGCUACUUAUCAGCUGAAGUAACACGCGGUGUAUGGAAGCCAGCUUUUAUGAAUGGAACUGAUUGGCCUAGUCCAGCUGCUAAUUUAUCAAUUGUGGAGCAACAAAUCAAAAAAAUUCUUGCAGCCACAGGUGUCAAUGUCCCAAGCCUCGCAAUAGCAGAUGGGAAUGCUCCAGCUACACUUCCUUUGCCUUUGGCGGCUUUUCUAAGUCUCACAAUAACCUAUAAACUUGAUAAAUCUUCUGAGCGCUUUCUUGUUUUGAUUGGCCCAUCUUUGAUCAACCUUUCUUCCGGUUGCCCCUGGCCGUGCAUGCCCAUUGUAGGUUCUUUGUGGGCUCAGAAGGUGAAACGUUGGAGUGACUUUUUUGUAUUCUCUGCUUCUGGAACUGUCUUCCACCAUAGCAGGGAUGCUGUAGUUCAGCUCCUAAAAAGUUGCUUCACAUCCACCCUUGGGCUUGGUUCUGCCUGUAUCUAUAACAAUGGUGGUGUUGGUGCUCUCCUUGGUCAUGGAUUUGGUUCUCACUUCUGUGGUGGGAUCUCUCCAGUUGCUCCUGGAAUUCUCUACUUGCGAGUUUACAGGUCUAUAAGAGAUGCUAUGUUCUUGACAGAAGAAAUUGUAUCUCUUCUAAUGCUUUCUGUUAGAGAUAUAGCAAGUGGUGGGUUGCCCAAGGGUGAAGCACACAAGCUAAAGAAGGCUAAAUAUGGAAUGAGAUACGGACAGGUUUCUCUUGCUGCAUCAAUGACACGUGUCAAGCAUGCUGCCCUUCUCGGGGCUUCUUUUCUUUGGAUAUCUGGUGGUUCAAGUUUGGUUCAAUCUUUGAUAACAGAAACUUUACCUUCAUGGUUUUUAUCAGCUCAAGGGUUGGAGCAGGAAGUGGGAGAAUCUGGGGUUGUGGUUGCCAUUCUUAGAGGUUAUGCACUGGCAUAUUUUGCUGUACUUAGUGGGACAUUUGCUUGGGGUAUUGACUCUUUAUCAGCAGCAUCAAAACGACGACCUAAGGUUCUUGGGAUUCAUUUAGAGUUUCUUGCAAAUGCUCUAGAUGGGAAAAUAUCACUUCGCUGUGAUUGUGCAACUUGGCGUGCCUAUGUGUCCGGGUUUAUGAGCUUGAUGGUGAGUUGCACACCACUGUGGAUUGAGGAACUUGAUGCAAGCAUAUUGAAGAGAGUGAGCAAGGGAUUAAGACAGUUGAAUGAAGACGACUUGGCGCUCCACUUAUUAGAAAUCAGAGGAACAAGCCUCAUGGGUGAGGUAGCUGAAAUGAUAAGCCAAAAUGGAUUUUAAAACUGGUAAGAACAUGGGAGCAUGGUGCAUUGUGAAGUUAGGAAUUAUGAUAUUUAUUUCAGGAAGAAAAAUGCCGCAUCAUUUGCUACUUGCUACCAUUUCUGUACAUAACAAUGUAAAUUUCAUAAAUUCAUUUUAUCCCCUGAAUUUCGAGUUGUAACAUUUAACUAUUUUAUAAACAAUUAAGUCAUAGAAAGUAUUACGAUAGAUAUUUGUCAUCGUUUGUCCAAACAACAGAUUUUGCCGUUGGUCAUGUGAGUAAAUUUUGGGGGAAUAUGUGUUCCUUAUUGUUGAGACAUGCAAAGGUUUAGUUUGUUAUUGUUAAAA